AGCAGAUUUCUUCAUACUGUAUAACAACCAACAAGAUAUUGCACUUCGAAGUUCAAGCCCGCUAUCCCAUCUUCAAAGUUUGAAAAAAAAAAAAAAUGGGAUUUUCAAGUUGUUUGGUGGUUUCAUUUGUGUAUCUUCUCCUGGCGGUUUAUGUGGUUAAUGGACAGCCUCUGGUUCCUGCAAUGUUCAUAUUUGGGGAUUCUGUUGUUGAUGCAGGAAACAACAACCACAUUAAAACUAUUGUAAAAGCAAACUUUCCUCCUUAUGGAAGAGACUAUCUCAAUCACACUGCAACUGGCAGGUUCUGCAAUGGCAAACUAGCUGCAGACUUCACAGCUGAGAAUUUAGGCUUCACUUCAUAUCCACCAGCCUAUCUUAGUUAUGAAGCCAGAGGAAACAACCUUUUGAUCGGCGCCAAUUUUGCUUCCGGUGCUUCCGGUUACUACGAAGCUACGGCAAAGAUAUAUCAUACCAUCCCGUUGAGUCAGCAGCUGGAGUUCUUCAAGGAGUAUAAGGAAAAGUUAGUGGAGAUUGUAGGACAAUCCAAUGCUUCAUCAAUCAUAAAUGGAUCGGUUUACCUUGUCAAUUCCGGGAGCAGUGACUUCGUUCAGAACUACUACAUCAAUCCUCUUCUUUACAAGGUCUACACACCAGAUGAAUUCUCGGACAUUCUUAUCAAAUCCUAUGCAACUUUCAUUGAGGAACUGUAUGAGCUAGGAGCAAGGAGGAUCGGAGUGACAACAUUGCCACCACUAGGAUGCCUGCCGGCUACCAUAACAAUUUUCGGCUCUGAUAUAAACGAGUGCGUCGAAGAGAUAAAUGAAGAUGCAGUUUCAUUCAACUACAAGCUAAAUGACACUUCUAUAAUCUUGCAAAAUAAGACUUCUGGACUCAAUCUGGUAGUCCUGGACAUCUACCAGCCUCUCUAUGAUCUUGUCACCAAGCCUUCUGAUAAUGGGUUUGCCGAGGCGAGGAAGGCUUGUUGCGGAACUGGGUUGCUGGAAACAUCAAUUUUAUGUAACAAGAAAUCAGUGGGAACAUGUGCAAAUGCAACUGAAUAUGUGUUUUGGGAUGGCUUUCAUCCUUCCGAAACUGCAAACAAAGUUAUAUCAGAUAGUCUGCUGGCUAGUGGCCUCUCUUUGAUUUCUUAGUCACAUUUCAAUUUACAUUUUAAUCUGUAAUAAUCUCCAUCCGUUGUCAGUGCUUGUUACUAUGUUUCUAUGUUAAACAGUGUGGUUGAGUUAUGAAUGAAGAAAGGCUUGUUAUCUGAAGCUUCCUGAUUGUAAUUUUGUCUAUGAAUAAACUCAUAUUCUACUAUAUGUAAAAUCAAUUAAA